AUGCAGAUCACAGAGCUUCCAUUCGAGCUUCUGGAAGCCAUAUUCAACCACCUGCCGCCCGCCUCAAUCCUAUCCGUCGCUCUCACAUGCCACGCCCUCAACCCCGCAGCCAUCGAGUGUUUGUACUCGACAAUCACCAUCGCGCCGGCCUCCGCACCAGUUAGAGAAUAUUCUCCGAGCCCUUACCGCCUCGCCGUCUGCUUAGUCAACGACCGCACCCUCGGCGCCCGCGUCCGCCAUCUCACCUUCACCAACAUAUCCGCCGACACGACCACCGCCCUCACCCCGCGCCGCACGCUCCCCAUCCUCGCCAGAAGCACAGCCAACACUAACGCCAACGCCCGCACCCUCUCCCCGCUCCUCACCCACCUCCACCGCCAGCCGCACAUCACCGCGCCCCUCGCACCCCCGGAUCCCACCGCCCCGCACCCUUACCUCACCCGCUACGCCCGCCACUGCCUCCGCCACGGCCUCAAAACCGGCUCCGCCCAAUCUCACGCCCUCUUCCCCAUCUUCACUGGCCUAACGCCGCACCUCCGCACCCUCGACAUCACCUGGAUGGGCGUCGGCCCGCACGCGAACGCCACGACGCCCCGCGCCCUGCGCGCCGCGCUGCCCGCGCUGGAGGCGCUGACGGUGCGCACCGCCGGGAAUCAACGCGGCGCGCGCACGCACCGGCACACGUUCAAGGACGACGCGGCGGCGGUGCCGGCGUGGGCGGUGCGCGGGGCGCUGGCGGGCGGCCACGCGGCGCUGCGGCGCGUCGAGUUUUGGGGCGCGAGGUGGGCGGAGAUGGAGGUGAGGGCGUACGGGGAUGAGGACGGGUGGGUGGAGUGCGGGGCGGAGGCGUUGAGGGUGCUGGCGUUGAGGAGGUGCGCGAUGGUGCCGGGGAGGGUGGCCGAGGUGCUGGGGCUGGUGGGGAGGAAUUGUGGCGGUGGCGGCGGCGGCGGCGGCUUGGAGCGGCUGGUGGUCGAGCUGGUGCACACGGCGACGGUGGAGCAGCCGGCUGUGUUGUAUCGGAGGAAGGGCGUCGAGAUCGCGCUGGGGGAGCUGGGCGAGGCGCUGCGGCUUCUGCUGAAUGAGGGCGGUGGUGGCGAGGUCAACUCGACGCUGAGGGAGCUGGUGCUGACGCUGGAUUUCGUCGUGCCGCCGUUUGGCUUCGCGUGUGUGAGGGGAGGCGAGAUCGGCGUGGAUGAUGCAACAUUUGGGGUCAGCGGAAGGCUGGAGUCUCUGCACGGCUUCGAAGGCUUGCGCCGGCUUCAUGUGUCAUGGGUGGUGCUGGUUGGCUGGAGCCUUCGCAGCUUGCAGAAGGAAGUGAAGACCACGCGGGGGUACCUUGGCCGUGUUCUGCCGAAAUAUCUGAGACGGCUGACAAUUACUGAUGAGAUGGGGACCUGGCUGCGCUGGGAAUGGAAGCCACAAGACGUCAUUGAAGUGGUGAGAAACUGGUUUGCUACCGAAGAGCAGCUCUAUCUGCGAGGCUUGGUUUGGAGGCUCAAUAACAUACCGCCUGAAAGUGUAUUCGCCAGCGACAGUACUCUCCAGAAGCAGAUCGCGACAAUCUGCCACAAGCUGCACCGUGCCGCUCAAGAACCCCGCGAUCGCUUCCAUCAACUGGAUGCAAUCUUAUCGGAGUGCCUUGACUGUGUCGUCGUUACUGUCGAUGAGUCGGAGGAAGUCAUAAGCGCCGCCAGACAGCUACUCUCACGACUGCCGCCAUCUCCUCCGCUAAUGAUGACAAUCCCACCACAUCUCGGCAUUCACUUCUCAAGGAGCCUUCCAGACACUUCUUUGGGCCAGCUAACAGCAGCAAGGAUGAAAACCCUCUGGCAAGAGCUAGAUGUGGUCUGCUGCUGGGACACGAAUCUCAUUCGGACCGCUCUGAACUUUGCCAGCCCAUGGGGGUCUUACCGGAGCCGCCACGACAAAUACAAUACCGAGGAGCUACAACCAAACUAUGAAGAAGAUGAUUUCGACACCCAAGGGUUGCAACACUACCUUGACUUUCUGUCUGAACUGUGGGAAUACGCGGUUCGCCUUUCGACUUCAUCUGUGGAGGAGAACACGUACCCUUGGUUCAUUGUGAAAGCCUUCUUAGCAACUGCGUGGCAAAGGUCAGCGACACUCCUGGCUUGGUGA